GCACACAAUAGCCACACUACUUGGUCAUGGCUAUAGUUAGUUGCCCGGGCGCGCUCAGGCGAGGGCCAGUGCCGCGCUCGCCGAACGACCGCGAACACAGCAGGCCGCUGUCAGUCCUUCAAGCGCUGAACUCAGUAGCAAAUCAUGUAUCUACAUCUACGUCCCUGGUGACAGUUGUAGUGACAGCAAAGAGAACGACGGAAAAGUGCCUGUGCCCAUGCGGAUGAGUGAGAAUCCUGGCUAUAAAUAGCUGAAUUCCUCCGUGGGAGUCAUUACCGGAUACUCAUUGCCAAUUGUAUCCAAAAUGACAAACCCAGCGCGCUCGCUGGCGCUCGUGGCGCUCCUUGCCUUCGCCGGCUUCGCCGCUGCCGAGCACUGUCUUCCCGGCGAUGGGACUGGUUGCUGGCCCUCGCAAGCGGAGGUGAAGGCGCUGGUCGAUUCCCUGUCCUCCGAGGCUGAGGUCUACUUGCCGACCGGCCCGAAUGCCGACAUGUACAUGAGCUACGCUACCGACACCCCCGGAAACACGUUGAAGCCCUCGUCCCCCGGCCUCAUCGUUUUCCCGAUGAACGAGGGCGACGUGCGCAAGGUCGUCACCUUUGCUGCCAAGUUCCGUAUCCGCCUGGUGGGCAAGUGCUCGGGCCACGACCAGCUCCAGCGCAGUAACGGCUACGGCGUGAUUCAGCUCGUGACCACCAAGGGAUUCCGGAACAUCUCGUACAACGAGACCGACCACACCAUCACCUUCGGCGCCGGCAACGCGCACAAGGACGUGUACGCCUUCCUGGCGGACAGGAAGCGCUUCGCCGUGGGCGGCACCUGGGCCUACGUCUGCCCCGCCGGCUGCCUGAGCAACGGCUGCUACGGCUUCUUCACUAAGGAGUUCGGCAGCGGCGCCGACAACGUGGUGGGCCUGCGCUUCAUGCUGUUCAACGGCACUACCCUGAACCUGGACGCCGCCGGCCCCCACCGCGACCUGUUCUGGGCCAUCCUGGGCGGCGGCGCCUCCUCUUACGGCGUGCUGCUGGGCAUCACCGCCAAGACGUACGAGGCCCCCGACCAGUUCAUCAUCAUGAAGGUCUUCCUGUCCAUCUGGCCCACCGGCCUGACCAAGGACCAGGCGCCCUCCGUCUUCACCCGCUUCCUCACCAACCUGACCUGGUACCAGGCGCUGCCGCCUCACAUCAGUUGGCAGCUGGACAACAACCCCGCCGAGCAGCGCGUGCUGCUGCAGAUCUCGUACACCGGCCGUACCACCGUGGACGUCGCCACUGAGGAGCUGUCGGGCCUGGUCGCGGAGUGGACCGAGGCCGGGUACUUCCAGGAGCACGGCGUGGAGGGCUACAGUGACGUGGCGGACUUCGCAGUGAAGAACUCUGGCGCGGGGCCGCCCAUCCGCCGUGUGUCCCAGUCCAUCUACGUGGAUGCCAACCAGGACGCGCUGGACAAGGUGGCGGCGCUGUGGGAGACCCUGUACAGCGACGCCUACAUGAGCCCCGUGGGCAGCGACCCCUUUGACGGCGCCUUCAACUUCUGGGCCCAGUACCGCUACGGCCCCGGCUCCUACGCCGGCAAGGCCCCGCACGUGGCUCGUGGCAUGCGCACCGCCAUGAUGGAGAUCGCGCACGAGAACGUCUGGAUGAGGCAGGCUGACGACUCGUUCCGCGCCGCCAUCUCCAACGAUGUCAAGGAGUUGAUGGAGCCCUUGGGCAACACUAGCUACCAGAACCACUGCUCGACCUGGGCCGAGUACAACGUGUACGUGGACUACAAGACCCGUUUCUACCAGAACUGGGAGGGCCUGACCGCCGUCAAGAAGAAGUACGACCCCUGCAACCUGUACGUUGUGCAGUACGGCCCCGGCUGGGACCUGCCAAAGGCCACGUGCGGCCUUUCGACUACCUCGACCAAGCGCCCGCCGCCCAAGCGCCCCCCUCCCCGCCGCCACGCCUAAGCUGCAGCGGCAGCAGUGCAGAGAAAGUGUGCAGCGCUUGCGGACUGAUGCGCGCUUGUAGCGCCCCACGCGGAAGGGCGCGUCACACACGUGCGCGUGCACAGAUGGCGCCGGGUGGCUGUGCUUUCCAGGGGUGUGCUUCGUGGGUGUGCUUUCACCUGGUGCUUUCUUUAGCUAUAAGGAGCUUGCUUGCUCGUAAUAUUUGGGUGGCAGGAUGCUAGCAGGAUGCCGUGUGAGGUUAUAGGUUAUCAGGAAGGGGCGCUGCUAUUGCUGCGCAGCAGUCGUUGAAAGCUGUGCAAGCUCUGUUUGAGUUGAUCGGAUAAGCCGCGCUAAGUGAGCAUCUCGCCGUAUCGUACGAUGUUUGGGUGGCAUAUGGGCAUGCCUACUCGCCAGUCUGUUAUUGGCGGUGCCGCGGUGGGCGAGGGGGGGCGUGUGUGUUUUCGCGUGUGACAAUCUCACCAUGUGCCUGUGCCCGCCCCCACCGAUUCAUAAGUUGUGUACAGCCAUUUAUCCCCAACUGCUGCAUGUGCACGUUUUCGCUCAUUUCCCUUACGGGGCACAGCGUUAAUUGCCCCUGUCACGCACUUGGGCUAAACCUUUUUGUUGAGCGGACUUGUCAUUCUUUCUGUUGCGCCACUCUGCCUGCGUGGCUUUGGGACCAAAGCCGGGAAGGUUGUGGUUACCAAGUGACAUACUUCCAAUCACGCGGACGCGGUGUGUGUGAGCCCAGCAGGCAGGCGUUGUAACACGCACGUUUU